AUGGACAGUGAUGGAGAGAAGCUUCAACAUAUCGGGUUCCUUGGCAUCUUCAAGGAAUCGUUCAAGAUCAUCUCCUCAUGGAAGAAAAUCUUCACUCAGAUCACGCUCCUUUUUAUCCUCCCUCUCUCCAUCAUCUUCUUAGUUAAAGUCCAAGUUUCCGACCAGAUGGAACAGAGAAUUGACUGGGAACGACUUGACUACGGUCGCUGCGGAGACAAUCGCCUGAAUGAUAUCUUAACAUACCAGCGUCUGGUAUAUUGGCUCAUCAAUAUAGCAUACUUGGUCCUCCUCCUGGUGCUUUCCCUUCUCUCUACUUCUGCGGUCGUAUACACUGUGGCCUGCAAUUACACAGGAAAGCCCAUCACCUUCAAGAAGAUCAUGUCCGUGGUCCCAAAGGUGUGGAAGCGAGUGUCCCUCACAUUCAUAUGGAGUUUCUUGAUCCACUUGGCCUACGGCUUAUGCAUGCUGGGGACUUUCUUCAUGGGGGUGGUGCUGAUCGGUUUCUCGCCGUUCGGGCUAGCAAUCUGGAUCAUCCUCUUGAUCGUGUUCUUAGUUGGGUUCGUGUACCUGAACAUCGUCUGGCAGCUGGCAAGUGUGGUCUCCGUCCUGGAGGAGGAGAACUACGGGAUCAAGGCCAUGGUCAAGAGCAUAAAUCUUAUUGAGGGCAAGCGACGAGUCACGAGUUUCAUCUUCCUGCUGCUGGUCUUGUUCUAUGGGGGGAUCAUGAUAGUGUACCAGAUAUUUCUACCGGAUGGUUGGAACUUAGCAUUCCAGUUAGUCGUUGGCAUCCCCUGCCUCGUCUUGCUGACGUUCCUGUUCCUGUUCAGCCUCGUGAUCCAAACAGUGAUCUACUUCGUCUGCAAGUCAUAUCACGGCGAGAGCAUUGACAGGCUGGCGUUGGCCAACCAUCUAGAAGCUUACUUUCAGCCUGAGCCUCAGAGGGAAGCCACCAGGGACGUCCAGAUGGAGCAAGGUCGUGUCGCCACCACAGAUGGCCCCCUAGAUCAAGUUUAUGUCUGA